AUGGCGGAAGAACUUUCACAACAAACACUCAUGCUGAUCGGAAAAGCGCCAUCGACUGAGAGGAUAUCCCAAAUCGGAUCUCUUAGUAACAUUCUUUCUGUGAAUGACACAAAUAAAGAUGAUACUUCAGAAAGUUUGAACCAAGAUCUACAAAAUUCUGGUGAUUUUUCCGACACAUUUAAUCAUUCACAUCACUCUGUUAUGCAUGAAAACAUACAACAUCUCACUGAUCACUCAUACAUACAUUCUGCUUCUACUAAUAACAGUGUCUCUGAUGAUGUAAUCGAGAAUCAAGAUGUUGAUUCUGUCGACAGUAAUAUUAUGGUUGAACCCGAAACUGCAGAGAGUAUUAAUAUGCAGUCUGUCCAAACGAACAAUAAUAUUACUGUUGCUGCCGAUGAUGUUCAGCAAAAUUCAUUCCCACCAACGGACUCCAGAAAGGUAUGUUUAAGUAGUGACAUUUUAUCUUUGUCGUGCGUUGGAGAGAACAGUAGCGUUGAUGUCUUUACUGAUUCGCCUAUUGUCAACAAUGAUAUUCAAGUUUUAUCCGAAAAUACUGUGUCAUUUGCAAACUCUCUGGAACAGUCUUCAACCCCAACAGCCUCAGACACACAAACAAACUCAAACGACAAAGAAAUUCGUACCCUUCCUGAAAAUUCAGGUAGCGUUUCAACUCCUCAAUAUUUGAUUAAACAGACUUCAGCACCAUUAGGAUCUGUCGACAAUCCAAUUCAAAUCAUCCAGCAAGGUAACUCAUAUCGUUCCACACAAGUGCUAACGCAAGCGCAGUUGCAACAAAUCACACAUGUCUUGCAACGCCAGCACGCGAAAAAGGUGAUACAAAAUGGAGGAAGAUCCAUCCUCUACGAUCCUUCCACGAACACUCGUAUAGUUUGUCGAGUUGUCCAUCCAUCAGAACUGCAAAGUAAAGUUUCAGACUUGAAUGUCUAUGCAGGAAUCCCACCUCGGUCUCAGACCUCAAAUAGGGGCAGGGGGCGACCGAAAAGACCAGCCAAUAAAAGGUUUGAAGAAGAUGAAAAAGGAAAUUCAUUGCUCUCCAGAGAAGAACGCGAGGAGAAAAAGAAACAUCGACCCAGGACGAGAUCUGGGCGGAUCUCUAAACCUCCAUCUUACAUGGUGAAGGAUUAUAAAAGAAUUCAUCAUCUCGAUUUCAACGAAGAAGCAUAUGAUGACUCGGACGGAGGAUAUUCAGAUUACCAUGUGAGUGAUGAAGAAGGUGGGAAUCGAGGAAAUAAAUCAAGUAGUCUUCCACCAGGUGUCACAACUGCAAAACAGAGAAAUUAUUCUUGUAGCUCUUGUAGUAAAGCUUACAUUGGGAGAGGAGGUUUAUCUCGUCAUUAUCGUUUAAAUCCAAGUCAUGGAAGUAUGCCAGAUGGUGAAGAUGUUAGCACUCAAGAUGAAAAUUCCAACAGUUCAUUAGCUUCUUCCAUUUUGAGUAGCUCUGGUGGCAAUACAAGUGUUCAAAACAACUCGAGUUUAUUUCCCAAUGUCUCUUCGAGACUGGAGUCUGAUGGUCCUUCACUUCUGCAAACUUCUGUUACUGUCAGUCCCUCUCUGAGCAAACGGAGACUAAAACUGCAGGAAGUUUUGAAAGGAUUUUCAGAUGAAGAGCUACUUGAAGAACUACUUCCAAAAUUUUCAGAAAGUGUUUCUUUAUGGGAUUUCUUUUUGAUGAAGUGUGAGAAGAAACCAGAUGGUUUGAAUUUAUUUGGAAUGCUCAGAGAAUUUGAAAUCUUUUUGGCAGAAAUGCAAAGAAUAAGUAUGAUUUGUUUGGCACCUGCAACUCUUGGAGAAGAUCCUAGGAAAACAAUCAUCAAUAUCUCAAGUAAGCAAAUAGCUGCAGCCUUGUCAUUAGAAACUGGAUCAUACAGUGUUAAAAAUACCCUUCGUAUGUCUGAAGCUAAAAGAGCAACAGACAAAGUUUUUAUGAGCCUUGGGGAAAACUUAGCAGAUGGUUUAGAGAAAUCAGAUGACAUUAGUCCCUUAAAAAGGAAACGGAUUGACCCAAAUGUUGAAGAUAUCACCCCUGGCUUGCCAGAGCAAAUUUUGAGUGAUACAGUUAAUGAAACUGACAAUCUUGAGUUACAUUUGCCUGAAGAAAAUUUUCCACGAAACUCUGAAUUUCAAAAACGGCAAAAUUUCUUGUUGAGUGCAGCCUUAUGUCGAGAUAAUUCCAAUGUUAUAAGCUCAAAGCACAUAUUUGAUCUCAAUAGCUCAACUACUGUAACUCCUAGCUCAAUGUCUUCUGGUUGUCUCAGUGCAAUUAAUUCAUCUGAAAACCAACCAGUCAAUACAUUUCUAACAGAUACGGGUUCUCCUUUGCAAAAUAUGCAAGUAAGAAAAAUACAGUUUGGAUGCGAACAGACACAACAGCUGUUGUCAGUUAGUGAUCCUUCUGUUGCUGUAAGCUCAUUCUCUGUAAAUACUAACUCUAUCUUAAGUGAGCUACCUUCUCAAACUCAAGUCAUGAGUAAGGAAACAGACAUUCAACAAGUGCAAAUGGAGGUAUGUGAUAGCAAUGUUACUCCUAAAAAUGUUUUCCAAGGUUUGCCUGCCGAUACAAAUAUGGAUAUUUUUAACACCUGCCAAGAACUUACAAGUCAAACCGUCAUUCUUGAUAACCCUCAAACAUCAGAACUCAUUGUAUCCAAUGCUGCACUUGCAAAUGUGAAUAGCAUUCACAACGGAAAUGUGCCAAUUAAUUCUCGAAGCUUAACUUUACGAACUGGAACUCCAGAUAUCAUUAUUUCAAGUAUGUCAGCAAGUGCUUCUAGCUCUUUACAAAACUCAUCAAGCAUUAUUUCUGGAACUGAAAUGUCUGCAGUUGUGUCGUCUGAAGGUCGUCUUACAAGCAGUGCUGAAGAAAGACAAUCAUUUGAGGCUACUGCCAGUGAUAUUGCUUCUGAAAGUAGUAAAUCUAUGGAAUCAUCAACUGUUCUAAGACAUGUAAUGCUGCCUGAUGGCCAACUCAUUGGCAUUUGGUCGCAUUUAGGAAAUUCAGACAAACCUCCAAAUGAACAACUAGUACAAGGGUAUAUGCCUGGAAACUUAAUUAUUUUACAAAAUUCUGAUGGAUCAGUACAAGUGCCUAGUGACCAAGGUAUUUCCUUAGAAACUUUACAAGCUUUGGCUUCAGCUGACUCUGGUAUAAGUAACCAGAAUGAAACACAAAUAUUUACAACUGUGCAACAUAUAUAA